GACAGAUAUCAGUCAGUUAUGGCCAGCAUGAUCUACUUAUCUGUAUGCUUGUUGGCAUUAAGUCAACUAACCGUUGGAAAACCCUUCAAAGACUGCGGUUCUAAAAUAGGCUCUGUACUUUCAAUGACUGUUACACCAUGCGAUACAAAACCAUGUUCUUUAUAUAAAGGCAAAAAUGCAACCAUAACAAUUGACUUUAAAACGGCAUCUGCUGUGACAAAGGCAAGUGCAGUCGUCCAUGGAAUAGUUUCACACAUACCAGUACCAUUUCCAUUAGAUAAUCCUAAUGUCUGCGAAUUCGUCACUCCAUCGUGUCCGUUGAAACCAAGUGAAGCAAAGUACACGUAUAAUUAUACAAUGCUAACUUCAACUGCAUAUCCCUCGAUAAGAGUGGGAAUUAGGUGGGAGUUACAAGAUGAAGACGGCAAUGAUAUUGUCUGUGUCCAGUUCCCAGCGCAAAUAGUUUAAAUUUUUUUUCUUCAUUGAUUACUGAUUUCUGAUUUAUACCUUUGCUAUCAAAUAAAUUUUAAGUGUGAUUCAACUUUCUGGA